AUGAGCCACCAUGGUUCGACAAGACGCGAUCGCUCUUCGAGACGGGAGGCGAGCCAUGAGAGGAUCGAACUUUCUCGUCGACACUCUGCCGGGCGAGCAGAGAUCCAUGUUGAUAUCGAACCUUCUCCGGAUAUCCAAACUCCGCCACGGAUCUUUGUUCGAGCACCAAGCGAUCCAGCUUAUCCGCAACCACCACCACUAUUUCAAUCCGCAGAAACGACCUAUGAGAGAGUGAACAGGCAUCCUUCGAGGGACGAUUAUAGAAGGUCCCAACAGCGAUCUGGGAGUUAUGCCAAUAUCGAGCGUGAACACAGCCAUGAAUACGCUUUUCGUGCAGAGCACGAUGAUGGCGGCCGAAUGCCGACUAUUCAGCAAAACUAUCGUCCUUCGCAUUCGCGUCCCGAGGUAUAUACGACCUUUACACAGAUGCCUGGUGUUCAGAACAUUUCCACACACUCUGAACCGCUUCGUACCAGUCAUCACCGCCGUCAACGUGUAAGCCACAGACACGACUCCUCCAAGAUUCUGCACGGAAGCGGUGGCGGACAUGGCGGUGACAUCCAAACAUCAGCAGUCGAAGACGCCGAACCAGACGCAGACACAUUGAACAAAAUCAUGAUAUGCGUUUUCCGUAACAGUAAACGGCAAUUCGUACAGAAAGAAGUCUGGAUGAUGAAACCAGGACACAGAGACGACAUAUUUCUGGACCCACCUGAAUUGCUUCGCAAAGACCCUGCUUUCCACAAAGUCCUUCGCACAGAUACUGCUUUCUUCAAGGAGAUCAAAUGGCGAUACAAAAAUCAAUUGCGAGGAACUUUCAGACGGUAUCUCAGCUUCAAGACCUUACGACAGUACGGAAGCAACAUGUUCGGCCUCGCAGACAUCAACGAGAAAGUCUUCUCACCAGUCUUCAUGCGAGCCUACAACAAUCCCGGUCAAUCACUGAUCGACCGCAGAGACCAUCCAGAAGAUCCAAAACUCGAGUUCAACAGCUGGGUCGGUUGGUUCUGGUUGAAGCGUCGUGCCUUUGUCUUGAACAAANAAGUCGACCUUGCUAUUGAAUUGGUUGAAGCUUAUGAUCCUGGCCGCGUGAUGGGUGGAAUAGCCAUUGCGUUGACUGUUUACUUCGCACUCGCCAUUACAUGGCUGGCUCUAGGUGGUGAUCCAAGUUACGUUGCUGGUGUCAUGUCUUUCGUUCUAUCAAUUCUUGCAGCACAGGCACGAACAGCCAUAAUUUUGGUCGCUGACACAUCUCAGNUUCUGGUCGGACUGACUGGCUUGUAUGAUUGGCUGGACCUGGGACAUAUGGGCGGUGGAAAAGACUUCCUUGUCCUUGAUGAGUACGAGCUUAACAAUCUGGACAAGUAUGGCUGGAGAGGGCCUCUCGGAUGA